ACACGAGUGUGUUAGGCAGGUUGUUUUUUCCUGUCUCUCUUUCUUUACUUGUUGCCUCCAAACAGCAUUUCCCUAGCACCCUCGUUCACCACCAUGAUGAAGACCAUCACUGCUUUUGCCGUUCUUGCUCUAGCAGCCACUACAUGGGCUGUCUCUCCACCUGCAAUUGGGACAGCGGUGGAUUGCUCCAAAUACCUGGGCCAGAGCAAAGGCGGAAGGGGGUUUCCAUGCACAAGGGAGCUUAAACCAAUAUGUGGCAUCGAUCAGAGAGCUUACUCCAAUGAAUGCAUGUAUUGUAUGAUGAAAAAAGAAGAAGGAAUUCCACUCAGAAAACUUCAUGAUGGGAGUUGUGUUGAAUGCACUGGUUACUCUAAUGCAUGCACCAUGGAAUAUGUACCUCACUGUGGAAGUGAUGGACAAUCAUAUGCCAACAAAUGUUUGUUUUGCAACGGUGUUGCGAAGAGCCGUGGUGAACUUUAUUUGAGAAAAUUUGGAUCAUGCGAGUCUCCCUGAUGCUCAAGCUCAGCAAGUUUCCCUUAGCAGAUUCCACACAGAGACCCUUUUCCUGGGAUGCUGUGGGGGCAAAUAUAUGAAUUUAAUUCUUCAAUAAAAGAAUCUCAGCAG